UCUCCUUUUUUUUUUUUUUUUGGAAUUUUUUUCUCUAUCUGACCAUCUCCAUUCAAACUUAAAAACCCUUUAAAGAAAGCUUCAUUAAGCCUUGAUCCGAGUCUCUGUUACUCAGUCUGGCCUCUGAUAUCUGCUUCUUUUCUAGCUAAUUAUAACUCUUUCUUUGUUUCAUUCUUCCAUUUUGUCGCGCGGUAAGAUCGUUAUCCAGUAAUCAAAAACCAACUUCAAUUCAGAUAACAUUCCAAGUCAUUAUCAAAUCUUUCUUUUUGGGGAUCAAAAUCUCCCAGACAGUUCAACAACCAAAAGUAUCUGUUUUGAUUCCAAGAGGUGGUAGCUUUUGUUACAGACAAGAAUGCUUCCGCUUUACAAGCUUCCUAGCUCCGACAAAUCAACAGCUUCUUCUGUACACAAAUCACUCUGAUCUCCUUUAUAUCUCGAUCCCUCCAUACACUUUAAUCUUUUGAUGCAUUAUCCAUUGAAGGAGAGAGAACUGUAGAUAAAGAGUGAGAAUUCGAAUCGGAGACUUUUCACGGUACUAUCGAAUGAAGGAAAUGGGGAGUUGCAGGCAUGCAGCAAGGAAAGCAAAAGGUUUGUGAAGUAUGAAGGAGAAGUCGAAUAAAGGUUUUUAAACAACAAGGAUUUAGAGAAAAAAGCCCAAGGCGUCAUAGUUGCUGUCUGUGCAAGUCAAUUUGUGGGUUUGGAGUGGCGGUGGCGGAAGUGGUGGUGAUGAAAUGGAGAGGAGGUGUGGAAGCUAUUCGUACGAGACGGGGGUGGCGGUGGGGGUGGUGCUGUCGAGGGAUCCUAAGUCCCGCCUGAGAUGGACGCCUGAUCUUCACGACCGGUUUGUUGAUGCGGUGACCAAGCUCGGUGGACCGGAUAAAGCAACUCCUAAGUCAGUACUGAGAGUGAUGGGCCUGAAGGGAUUGACGUUGUACCAUCUGAAGAGCCAUUUACAGAAGUAUAGACUUGGAAAGCAAGCGAAGAAGGAAGCUAACUUAGAAUCAAGAAGCAAAAGUAGUGUUAGUGACGGAAAGGCAGAUGGGCAUAACCACAUGGAUUCUUCUGUUAUAAGCAGCAGUGCCCCCACACAGAACAAUCAAGAAGAGAGAAAAAUAGCAGAGACAUUGAGGUAUCAGAUUGAGGUCCAGAGAAGACUGCAAGAGCAAAUUGAGGUACAGAAGAAACUACAGAAGAGAAUUGAAGCACAAGGGAAGUAUCUACAAGCCAUAUUAGAGAAAGCCCAGAAGAGCCUGUCCACUGAUAGGAAGUGUCCUAGGAGAUUAGAAGCCACGGGAUCCCAACUCACUGAUUUAUCUCCUUCAGGUUUCAUGACCAAAUUGAGGGAAGACGAGAGGAAGGGUGAAAUGAUGAGGAAGAAUUUAUUGAAUGAUAACCAUGAUAGUAACAUUCAGCGUUCAAGUUUCCAGCUUUACCAAGAGGUAGGGGAAGCAAAAAAUAAAGAAAAUAUGAUUGAGGGCGAUGAGGGUUCCUCACUUUUUGAUCUGAAUGUUAAAGGGGGCUAUGAGUUCUUUGGGCCAAAGGGAAGUGGAUCAUAGCCCAGCCUGAGUACACGGAGAACAUAGGAACCAUUUUUUUUUCUUUUAUAAAGGGGAUAAACUCUUAUAUUGAGAUGAUCUACUUUUUCCUUAACUCUCUCACUUGUAUGCCAACCCAAAAAAAAAAAAACUUACUUGUAGGA